UAAGAUUUGUUUCACAAUUGGGUCAAUAGCAAAACAUGGCUGAAAGAGCAGCAAAUAAUCUUACUGAGGUCGAUAAAGCCCUUCACGAGGCAGCUUCUGAGGGUCAUUUCGAUAUAGUUGAGUACCUCGUUGGUCAAGGAGCACAGAUUGAUAAGCCUACUGAAAAUGGUGAGACGGCCCUUUUCUUAGCAUCACGUGACGGUCAUGUUGACGUAGUUAAGUACCUUGUUGGUCAAGGUGCACAGGUAGAGAAGGGUGAUAAUAAUGGUAGGACACCGCUUCUUAAUGCAUCACAGGGAGGUCAUCUUGAUGUAGUUCAGCACCUAGUUAGUCAUGGAGCAGAGGUAGAUAUGGGUGAUAAUGAUGGUGAGACAUCACUUCAUGCUGCAUCAGAAGGAGGUCACAUUGACAUCGUUAAGUACCUCGUUAGUCAAGGAGCUCAGGUAGAGAAGGGUAAUAAUGAAGGUUGGACACCGCUUAUUAAUGCAUCACACGCAGGUCAUCUUGAUGUAGUUCAUUACCUCGUUAGUCAAGGAGCACAUGUAGCCAGUGGCAAUGAUGGUGGUGCAACUCCUCUUCAUUUUGCAUCAGAAGGAGGUCACAUUGACAUCGUUAAGUACCUCGUUAGUCAAGGAGCUCAGGUAGAGAAGGGUAAUAAUAAAGGAUGGACACCGCUUAUUAAUGCAUCACACGCAGGUCAUCUUGAUGUAGUUCAUUACCUCGUUAGUCAAGGAGCACAUGUAGACAGUGGCAAUUAUUGUCAGACACCUCUUCAUGCUGCAUCGAUGAAUGGCCAACUUGAUGUAGUUAAGUUCCUCGUAGGUCAAGGUGCACAGAUAGAGAGGGGCAAUAAUAGUGGUACCACCCCACUUAUUUUUGCAUCAUUCAAUGAUCAUAUUAACAUAGUUGAGUACCUUGUUAGUAAAGGAGCACAGGUAGAAAGGGGUAAUAUUCAUGGUGAAACUCCUCUUCAUAAUGCAUCACACGCAGGUCAUCUUGAUGUAGUUCAGCACCUAGUUAGUCAUGGAGCAGAGGUAGAUAGGGCUGAUAAUGAUGGUGAGACACCUCUUCAUGCUGCAUCAAGCAAAGGCCAACUUGAUCUAGUUAAGUUCCUCGUUGGUCAAGGUGCACAGAUAGAGAGGGGCGAUAAUGAUGGUAAAACCCCACUUAUUGUUGCAUCACGCCAUGGUCAUCUUGAUGUAGUUCAGUAUCUCGCGAGUGAACAAGAACAGAUGAAAGAAGCAUCCUCUAAAGACUCGGAACCAAAGGCAAAGAGGCUGAAAACCGAAGAGACGACUGAAUCUGCGACGGAUGACACGCCAAGUACGAGUGGUCAAACACAUGGAGUCGAUGACGUCAUCUUCAAAGUAGCAGAAACCAUAUCAGAUGAUGGUGAUUUAAGGAGACUUGGUCUUGAGCUGGGAGUCCAGGUUACUGGAGAUGAUACUGAAAAAGAGGGAAACGACGACCAACUGACAUAUCUCGAACAUGAUUCGGGGAGUAAUCGGGGUAAUAUUCCCUUCGGUGGUCUUUCGGCGCUGCCUGAGAUCCUCGCUCGGGGGCCGAGGGCACAACGAGCGUAUGCCGAAGCAGCUCAAGCUGGCACGAAGAAAGUAUUCCGAACUCGCCUGAUGCUUGUUGGACAAGAACGUGUUGGAAAGACAAGUCUAAAGAAAACUCUUACACGACAAAGAUUUGAUCAAAAUGAGGCAAUAACGAACGGUGUAGAAACAACAAACGCAUGUGAAAUUUGUAUCGAGGUUGCAAAGGCUGGCGAGAAAAUGUGGUCAAUUCACAAACAAGAUCAUGGGAAUGAAGAUACAAAAGAUGAUGAGUAUAGUAAAGCUCUUGCGGAUGACAUAGCAAAGAGGCUAAUCGUGUCACCACCACAGGAUGAAGAAAGUUUGGAACCACAUAACGAUAAUACCCGCAUCAGAGGCCUGAAUCCUGAAGAAGCAGAGGAUGAAUAUGUUAAAGCUAAUGUGGAUACAAAAGCAAAGAGGAUAUCCAUGAUCUCAACACAGGAUGAAGAAAGUUUAGCACCACACAGCGAUACUACUCUUGCCAGAGGCCUGAAUCCUGUAAAAGCAGAAGGAUUUGUCUUGGAUAAGGUGGAGGCGCCCCAGGCUAAAGAAGAUGAUGAAAAUAUGCCAAAUAAAAUAGCAAGUCUGGUGGCGAAAAUGCUUACGGAACAGGUUCACCUUAAGGAGAUAGGAACAGACAGGACUGAUAGUGGUAGAGGAGAAGGAGUCUCACUAAGUAUAUGGGACUUUGCUGGACACGACAUAUACUACACAACCCAUCAGGCUAAAGGAGGUGCCAAAUCAGAACUGACAUGUCUAGAGUUCAUCAAUUUCUGGUUGUGUUCCAUCUUCGCCCAUGCUGUGGCGCCCUCUUCGGUCAAGAAUAACGAUACGUCUACGCCUACUCAAAAAUCUCCACCAAUAUUCAUCGUUGGAACCCAUCGAGAAAGUGUGCAAGGAAAUGCAAAAGAGAAAAAGGAAAAGAUUGGCUGUGCCUUUAAGGAGAUCCGUGAAUCUAUCAUGAAGAGGCCGUUUGAAUGCCAUGUGGUUCCCAAGUAUUAUGCUAUCGAAAACAGCUUAGAGGACAAAGAUGAAGAGCUGGUUGCGUUGAGGAGACAUAUUGAAAAAGUAGCGAUAGAAGAGCCUUACAUGGGAGAAGAAAUUCCACUCAGAUGGCUCUUAUUUGAGGAAGCUCUAGCUGCAGAUCAAAUCAAUUACAUGACAUUAGAUCAGACCAAGAAACUGACGCAGCCAGUCGGGAUGGAAUCAGAGGGUGAACUAUUCACGAUGCUGACCUUCUACCACGACCUGGGUUACAUAGUCUACUACGGAGGCAUUGAAGACAAGCAGUCUCUCCUAAAAGACAUGGUGAUCCUAAAUCCUCAAUGGCUGAUUGAUGUCUUCAAGCAGGUCAUUACCAUCCUGGAUCCCGCAGAGAUGGACGGGAUCGUGAGUGAUGCUUGGGCCACUCUUGAGAAGGAUGGUAUCUUAGAGGAUAGGUUGAUUCAGCAUAUGUGGCAAGGCUUCUUGGGACAAAAGGAGGCCUUAGUCAAGCUUAUGGCCAAGUUUGAUCUCAUUUGUGAGGCUCCUGUAGAACGACUCCAGCAAGCGCAACAGGAUGGAGUCGACACUGAGGUAUCAAAUGCAACAGGGAAAGUGGUAAAGAAGCGCUACUACGUUCCUUCCAGGCUGACGUCCCAUUGCUCCCCAGAAGAGAUUGCACAGAUUAAAUCUUCUACAGACUUUUAUGUGGACUUCAGGGGCUUCUUAACAGAUGGUCUGUUUCAUCGGUUGAUGGCGAGAACAGUCAGAUGGAUGCGUGAAAGAGAUGCACAACCAGUGAAUCUUUUCUAUCGGCACAUCAGUCUUAUGGUUGAUGAAGUGCAUCAUGCCUUACUAGAGAUGUUACCUCCUCGUGAAGCAACUAUCAAGGUCACUGUAUUCCGAGGAGCGGUAGCUGAUUCUGAUCAUGAUGGGGAUAGUAAUACACCUCCAGCUCCAAGUGCUGUCAAAGAGGUGAUGGACUUUGUAACGGAAACCCUUGAUAGCCUUAUUCAGCACUGGGCUAGAAGGAUGGAGUAUGAUGUGCGGUUUACGUGCCCGAGUCCCAAGUGCAGUAAGAAGAAACUGCUUAAAGACUGCUACAAGGGAAAGUCACUCAAGUGUGGACUACAUAACAUCCCUACGGCUGCAAUCAAAAUCAAGUUUGCCGAAUGGUGUAACAUUCCCGAUGAGAGCCAUUGA